AUUAGACUCUUAUUUGCAAUCAUUUCAGUAAUAAUUAUCAAGUCGUGAAGUCAUGAACAUUAAAUUAAUCAUCAUACUAAUUAUUUACACAAGUUAUGCGAAAGCAUUUAUUCCUUAUCCAUUUCUAACGAAUAAUUUAUUAAAAUCAUUUCUGGAUGUUGUAAAAACCGAAAAUGAUUUAAUAGAUCUUGAAAACUUAACAUUAGGAACAGAGUGCCAUCGAAAGUGUGUUCUAAAUGACCGACGAAUAUGUUAUUUUAAAUUUGCUCUCAAGGCAUACCAGAUAAUGGGCGGAGCAUGCCAAAACUGUACAGACGGUGACUUAUCGCAUUGCUUUCAUUCAAAAUGUAUCAUGGCUGAUGGAACAAAACGCAGCUUUUUAAGCAUAAAUUACGAGCUGCCUGCACCUGCUAUUCAUGUUUGUAAAGAUGAUGUGAUUAUGGUAGAUUUGACUAAUGAUGCAGAAGGAACAGCAACUAGCAUUCAUUGGCAUGGCAUGAGACAUAUUUUGGGCACUCAAUACUUCGAUGGAACUCCUUAUCUUACUCAGUGCCCGAUUCCAUAUGGUAAUAAAUUUAGGUACGCAUUUAUAGCUGAUGAUGAAGGAACUCAUUUUUAUCAUAGUCAUAGUGGACAUCAAAAAGCAAAUGGAAUUUUUGGUGCUCUUGUUGUGCGAGCACCUGAUAACACAAAUCCAAAUAGACAUUUGUAUGACUAUGAUCUACCCGAACAUAUAAUAAUCGUAUCAGACUGGAUGCAUCAUCUCGCCGAAGAUGAUUUUCCUGGAAUGAUUUCACGCUCGCUUCUCACAGAAAGCAUCCUAAUUAAUGGACAUGGAAGAUAUUUUAAUAGAUCGUCACAAACACAUCAAUUGGCACCGCUCACAAUUUAUCACGUAGAACCAAACAAAAAGUAUCGAUUUCGAUUCAUUAAUUCUGGCUUCAAUGUGUGUCCCUUCCUGCUGCAAGUUGAGCAUCAUGAAAUGUCAAUUAUUGCAACAGAAAUAAGCUAUGUUGAGCCAUUUACCAUGGAUGCCCUAUAUUCACUGACUGGUGAGAGGUUUGACUUUGUUAUAAAUGCAAAUAAAACCCCAGGAGACUAUUGGGUUAGAGCACAAACUAUGUUUCCAUGUAGAACAGUGAUAGAGGGAUUUGCUGUGCUGAGAUAUGGAAACACAUCAGGCAGCAGUGUAGAGUUUGUUGACAAAGAUCCUCCAGUACAAUCGACGGAAUUUGAAGCAAAGAAAAUUUUCAAUUCUCCCAAACCAAAAGUCAAGGAUAUUCCAUUCUUAGCAUUAAAAGCUCUUGAACAUGAUGACAGUAUAAUUAAAUUCGAGCCUGACCAUAAAUUUUAUUUAUUCCUCGAUUCACCAACAAUUAGUGAUGAUGUUCUGUACACGAAUGGAACCAAUUAUCGGAUGAGUUUUGAGACGACGAAAGCAAAUUUUAACAGCAUUGGCACAUUUAAUAAUAUCAGCUUGCUUUAUCCUUCAUUUCCUUUACUCACACAACCUGACAUGAUUGAUGAGACAAUGUUCUGUAAUGAGAACAGUACAGUAGGAAAAUUCUGCACAGAUAAUGGAUUUGGAAAUGUGACAGCAUGCAGAUGUAUACAUCGACUUAAAGUUGACCUUAAUUCAAUUGUUGAAUUCAUUGUUGUAAAUGUUGACGACCAAAUACCUCAUCCCAUCCAUUUACAUGGCCAUAAAUUUCAUAUUGUUGAUAUGGGAGUCUAUGAUAAAAAGCCAAUUCCUGGUUGGGUUAAAAACGGCGGCAUUCCAAAUGAAACACAUAGUAGACCACCAUAUAAAGACACAUGCAUACUUCCAUAUCCUGGAUAUGUUCGACUACGAUUUCGUGCUGAUAAUCCCGGAUUUUGGUUGUUCCACUGUCACUUUGAUUGGCAUUUAGAAACUGGAAUGUCAUUGAUUGUACAAGUCGGAGAAAUCAAUCAGAUGGUAAAGCCACCAAAGGACUUUCCUAAAUGCUCAAAUUAUCAAGUCAACAAAAUUAAUGGAUGAUUAAAUCUUUAUUGAUAUUUUAUUUGAUAAGUUCUGAUUAAUAAAAAUGUAUAAAAGGAAUCUUAAUUCUACUGCCUUUGUUUGUCUAUCCUCUGAAUUUUGGAAUAUUUGGUAACACCAAAUUGUUUGGAGAUUCAGUGACAUAGUUAACCAAUGCUUGAUUCAUUAAACUAUUAGUGAUGUCAAUCAAAAUUUCAGCACAACUAAAUGGAUAUGGAAGUGAUUUGCGAUUGCCAUUAACAUAAGAUUUGACUGCAGAUCCAUCGGCAUUAAGGGCUGCACCAACGUAUUUUCCUACUAAGUCAGGAAUGCAAUCAAGGAUUGAUGUGAAUGACUCCAGGAACAAAUCACCAAAAUUUGUGGAUGUGAAAAGAGCAGU